AUGACACUGGUUGCGAAUAUUGUUAAUCCUCGUUAUUUUAUUUUCACAAGGCGUUUCGCAUCGAGCAUGAAUGUGGUAUGAGGCAAUGGUCUGCGUCGUCUGUUGAGUGGUGGUCAAAUGCGUAGCUCAAUCCAAUCCUGGCUUGCAAUAUUUGAGCUUUGGUCCUUCUUUAUGUUCUGUAUCUCUUUCUUUCUCUCAUUCUUAUUUCGCCUUUUCUUAGUUUUCCUCUUUUGCUCUUUCUUACUUCGUCAAUGUUAUUCUAAUUAUCUAAUUCCUUUUUAUUAUUAUUCCUUCCUCCACUGCCCUUUCCCUCUUUUCUCCUUGAACUAAUCUUUGACUUUUCUUUUCUAUCCCCAUUAUUCCUUCUCUGCUGCUCUUCUUGCUUCUCUACGUCUAACGUGUUUUAUCAGCGAAUGCACCAUA